AUGGAUAGUUUAAUCCACGAUUCAUCGAAUCGUCUUAUUCCUACAACAGUGACAAUAGCUCAAACUGACAGUACUUCAAGUGAACCUCAAUUUAUUGAUAGCAGUUACAAUAAUAAUCAUAAUAAUCAUUGCAGAUCAUCGACGAUACAACCAUCAAUAAUUACUGAAAUUAUUACUACCACUACAGUUACUACUACUUCCAGUAGCAUUACUAAUCUUGAUGUAACUAGUGAUCAGAGUAAAACUUUAAUCCAUGUACUACGUUGUCGACAUUGCAGUUUCGAAUCAAUUUUACGAUAUCGUUUCGAUAGACAUUUACCAUGUUCCCAACAAAUGAACAGUUAUCAAUUGUAUACAUGUUCAAUAUGUUCAACGUGUUCCACAUCAAAAUUGAUAAUGGAUGAACACAGAAAAGUUCAUCAUCCAAAUGAGAAUGAAAAUGUUAUCACUGAAAGUAUUGAGCAGUUUGUGAAAGAUUUCUCAGACAAUAAUACCACACUAAAUUUAUCUGUCCAAAGUCCUGUCCGUAAAUCGUCUACAUUAUUAUUAAAUACUAAUGCAAAAGACCUUACAAACUCUUCACAAAAUAACACCCAUCAUAUAAGAUCUCCUGACUUGACACCACAGACUGGUGCGAAUGAGAUCCACUCAAAUUAUAUGCCAACACUUGACAACAACUGCGUACCAAGGCAUUCCAAUGAUGAUAUGAAUAAAAAUGAUGUUACCAAUCAACCUGUUAAUGCAGUCAGUAAUUUUUACAACAAUAUGCAACAAAUGUAUGAAUUUAUGCAUAGUCGUCAACACCAUCCUGAUCCACAUUCUCACCAUUAUCAGCAGCAGCAGCAGAAGUUGGAACACCACCUGCAACAGUCAACACCCCUACAACUCCCACCUGUACAACGACAACAACAAACAUCACAGACUAUCCCCUUCACUCCUCUCCUUGACUCAAAACAAUAUGAUAGAAAUUUCUUGAAUAUGCUGAAUUCUUUCGGUGGAUUUUCAUCUUAUCAACAUCGUCAUCAUCCAUCAGCUUAUCCAUCACUUCAACAAACAAGUUCAAAAUUGUCUGACACCGAUCCAAAUACACCGGUAACUCAACAUCAACAGUCUUUUCGUGGAUCGGAACCACUACAAUGUUAUAUCUGUUGUCAGCCGAUAGUAGCUGAUGAAAAUGACACGGGUCAUAACAGUAACAAACACGCCUCAUUUGAAAAUCUUAUCAAGCAUUUAACAAGUGUGCAUAUGUUACCAAUACCAACUGUCAUUAAUUACGUAACAGCUUAUAUGACUGAGAAAAUGUGUGAAAAUAACUCAACUCCUCUUAGGGAUGAUAAGACCAAUAGUGGUGCUAACAAUACUACUACUACUACUACUACUGCUACUACCAAUAGUAAUGAUAAUAACAAUAAUAAUGAUAGAAUUCGUACUAGUACUGCACCUCAUUUCAUGAAUCAGCAAUUAUGGAACACUGUUCAUUGUGGACAAAACUCUAUAUCAUUCCAAACAGCCGUAUCAAACAAAGAAUAUAGACUUAGUCAAAACGAUGAAUGUGUAAAUGCGUUUCUUCAAAAGUUACGCAGACGAGACGUGCAAACAGAUGUCGAUGAUAUUGAACCACCUCCGUCAUUCCGUGAUAAAUUUCGUCGACUUUGCAGUGCUUUCGUAUCAGAGAUCACAGCUAAAUCUUUAUACUCUGAAGCAUCGGUGUCUACAAAUACCAGCGCUAUGCCCCUGUUAGAGUCAGACUUAAUGGAUACUCCUAAACUUUGGAUAUGUCCACAGUGUAAUUUAAAAUUUGUCGAUUUCCAACAAUUCCACCUACACUUUACACAAGUUCACAAUACACUAGAUUUAAAUUUAUUCAACCUUGCUGAAAAUCUAUUGAAUGCUUCAUUUCAACUAGGGAAUAAUUCAUUUUUAUCCCCUCAGACCAUUUUAUCAGCAAUGCAAUCGAAAUUAACUGAUUCAUUUAUAAAUCGAUCUCAGGUGAAUACAGUCAACGCACACGAUGAUCCUCUAUGUUUAAUAACCACUUCAACAUGUGGUAUUUCUAGUUCUGGAGGUAUGCCUAAUAUCAGUAAUAUGCCACCAACAAUGGGGAGUGAGACAUUGAAAGACGGUGGUAAUUGGAUAGGAAGUUGCAUGCAAGCUAACAAAAUGAUGAACAACAGCAGUAAAGAAGCACUUCUAAUGCAUAAUCCAUCAUUUGUUGAAGCAAAUUUGGCUGCAGUUGCAGCGACUGUAAAUAGAUUUCCUGUUUCACAGUCAUUACCACCGGUCACAUCCACUUCUUCUGCCUUGUCUUCACCAUCAUCAUCAAUAUCACCAACUGUACUGUCGAAUGAUUUCACUUCAAAGAUAUUCACCUCAGAAAUGAUGAAUUCUACAAACUCAGCUAUUAAUUUGUUGGGAACACUUAGUAAUCACUGUGAAAACACUGAAAAAAACAUGAAGAUCAGUAGAAAUCAAUCAAAUUGGUCAGAAAAAAGAAAACUACGAGAAUCACUGCAUGAUUAUGCUCCUAAUUUAUCAGAGGCUAAACGUAUGAAGUUUCAAGAACAGAUUUCUGGCACUGGAUCAACUUAUUAUCAAAAACAAGACCAAAAUGAUGCCUUUUGGAAAUUGGGUCAAUUAUUUCCACAUCUUCCGAUGUUAUGUUCAUUAUGGCCUGGAUCAUUAACAUCAAUCAGUGGAACAAAUACCAAUGAUCCAUUAUUACAGAAGCAGACAAGGCAAGCUAUCGAUUUUCUGGAAAAAAAUCAGUCAAUUUUCCCAAUCAUAUCAUUGGACAAUAAUAAUCAAAUGGAAAUUGUCAAUGAUGUGAAUUGUACAACAUCAAGAAAUCGAACUAUUAAUAAAUCCUCCUUAAGAGUUUAUCCUUCAUCUUCUAUUCCAUGUUCAUCUACACCCAAUACAAAGCUGGAUGAUUGUGAUGAAGCAUCAGAUAGCAUGAUGAUUAAAAGUGGAAGUGAAAGAAACAGAAAUUCUUCAUCUGAUGAUACUGAAGAGAAUGCAAUUAAACCUGUUGAUAACAAUGGUAACCCAUCAAAUGAUUUGACUAAUAAUAAUAAUAAUGGUACAAAUAGCUUGUCAUGUUCAACACCUGAACCACAGCAAAACCCAAUACAUGUUAAUGGUGCUGUGCAUAAUACCCUGAGAAAAACUCGGUCAGAUAUGAAAGUGAUUCACAGAUAUUUAAUUCAAGUGAAACAUGAUACUCGUGAAAUUCACCAGAUACCUAGUCAUGAACUAGAUCGAUACAUACAAGAUUUUGUACUGACUGCAAAAAAGAAAGAUGGACAUGAAUAUGAACCGGAAUCAUUGAAAGCUUUUGUACAUUCCUUGGAACGUCAUUUAAAACAUCAUGAUUAUUCACAUUCAGUAUUGAAAGGGAAUGCAUUUGCUGGAACACGAGCUGUACUUAAUCAGAGGUUAAAUGAAUUACGUGCACUUAGUCGUUCUGGUGUUUCAACAAAUGGUAUAUUUGGAUCUUCAAUUACUAAUAACAAACGAACAUCAGGAUCUGGUGAUGAUUUAAAUCUUGAUAAUCGAUCAAUAAAUUAUUCUAGAAAAAAUAACUCAAAUACAAAUACAUUAACUUCAGCUGAUCUACUUCAAGCAGGCAUUCUUGGUACUGAUAACCCUCAGGCAAUAUUAAACAGUUUGUGGCUGAUGAAUCGAACUCAGUUCAAUAUUGGUGGUACACAACGACAUCGAAAUCUUGUCUGGGGUCAGUUCCAGUUGGUAACAGAUGAAAAUGGAAUUAAAGCAAUUAAAUUUACACCUUUAUUUGAAUCUGCCGAAGUGCGUUAUUGUCGAGGAUAUGGUGGUACACGUGGUGGUGCAGCUAAUCACGAUCCUUUGGCUAAAUCUCAACCGCUUAGUUGUACUGGUAGUGCGAAACGUCAGCCGCUUCCAUUCAACUGCGUUGAAAUGUUUGAAAUCUAUGCAAAUUUACGACCACUAGAGGCUCGUGGUGUCUCUGAGCCCUUUUACUUAUGUCCAGAUCCAAGUUGGGAGCAUGGCUGCAAUUGGUUUAAAACGAAUGCAGCUGGAUCUCAACUUUUAUCACGUAUUCCACGUCUGCUUGGGCUGAAGCCAUCAAGGGAGCCGAUUCAACCGUCUACCCUAAAUUCAAACAUAGUCAAUAAAAUGUAUGCACAAAAUCCAAUAACUAGUCAACACAAAGAUCCUGAAAAAUUAACUCUGGACUCUUCUAGUCAGCCUAUACCCAAUUCUUCUGGUUAUCGAGAUCACCAUCAGACUCCAUCAGCAUAUAGCUAUUUCAGUAGUGGUAGUCAUUCAAACUGUAACAAAGAUUUAGUUCCGUCGAAUUUGCUUAACUUUUUCCCUUUCCUUUUUCCGCCAACAGCAACAACCUAUGAUUCAGGAACACUGUCCACCAACAGUUUGCCAACCUAUCGUUCGUUAUUUAAUCCAUCUAUCCCAUUUCCUGACAUUACUCAAAGUGUAAAUUCAAGCCUAUUCCAACCAUCUUUUAAAAAUAAUCAUGUAGACACUGGCAAACAAAUCAACAACCAUGAUAUUCUUCAGGCUAAAGAAAAUAAUAACCAUUUCCCCUUUUCUGUGCAACAAGUCGAACAAGAUUUCUAUAGAACAAAUUCCCUGGCAAGUAAAGCUUCACCGAUACAAGCCGAGGAAGAUGGACAACGAGAUAGAGGGUUAGCAGUGGAAAAAGUAACAAAAGACGGAGAAGAGGAUGGAAAAUUGGAAAAACCAAAUUCAAAUUGUUUUUCCUCUCCACCACCAUCUAUUGAACCAGAUAUUGAGAAUCUAUCUACAUCGGAUAAUUCCCCGAAACUAUUGACAACAAUGCCUACAGGAGUUGAAGAAGAUUCAAUUCAUUCACCAGUUAGUGAGCAUUAUGCAUCCGGUUCAAACAUUUCACGUCAUUCACCGGUUUCUUCGUCAUCAUCACCUUCUUCGUCAUCCCCUUCAACUGUUACUGAACAUUUUAACCGGAGAAGACACAAUCAUCAUUACAAUCCCGUUCGCAACAGACGACAACAAGAACAGCCAAAUGAAAUGGAGGACAUAAAUUCAUCUUCAUCAAGAAUGGACAAUCCUCACCAACACCAUGAAAGAGUCAGUGAAUUCGACCACACACCAGCAGAUUAUAGUAAUUCUUUAAGGAAGGUGUCUCAACAGUUAAUUUCAUCCCGGUUAACUACCUCGCCGUCAUCCUUAUCAUCAUCAGUGGUAUCAGUGACACCAUCGCCAAAAAGUCAUAAUUUAACUCACUGUAAAGUCGAGAGAACAAGUUACGUUUGAAAAGAGCAGAUUAUUUACAUAUUAUUCUUAAAUUGUAUUUCUUUUCAUUUUUGCAUCAUCUUUGUUAGAAGAAAGUAAAAGGGAAAGAAAAUACUCAGUACAGUUUCAUGUUAGCAUGUCUCUGUGUUUCCCAGAAUCUUAAUUUCAUCAGAACUGAUCAAACGCACAAAAAUGAGGUGAUCAUUGGGGCGAUUUCCCCCUUACUUCAUAGUUCUUUUCUAUUCUUUUUGCUUUAAUUCAAACUUCAGUCGUCCCCUUGUUUACUUCACCAUUAUAAUUUUUUGCGGUCAGGAAGAUGAGUUAUAUACUGUUAUAUUAUUAUUCCUAUUGCAUUUGUAUAUAUAGAAGAAUGUGAAGUUUUUAUCAGUGCAUUCUUUCCUUUCCGCUGUCCCCCUCUUCAUCGUGUUGUCCAAAUAUCUCAUUCUGGGGGGGGACUCUAUCGACGUAUUUCAAUGACAGAAAAACGACGCCCUUAGGGGUGGCUAAACGCACAGGUUCCUUCGGUUUUAUUCACACUAUAUUUGAUUUUGAAACUUGAAUCACAGAGGCUACUACUAUUACUACUACUCAUACUACAACAGUUUUUAUUGUUAUCAUUGUCAUUGUUAUUACCUAUACGGAUGAUACUUGUAUUACAGUCAUGUAUUGUUAUAGUUAACGUGGGGCUGAUACGUAACACUGUGAUCUGUUAGUCUUACUAUCAGCCUUAUGCCAAUUGUAUGACGAGACAAUUACUGAUAUGCAUGCAUAUGAAUAUACAUUUACGUUAGCCUGUAUCCUUUACCCGUCUGAAUUUCCCCCUUUGUAUACUUUUUACCCACAUUCACAUAAGAUAUUUCACUUUAUUAAAAGGUU